CCGAAAUCGAAUCUGUGGUCCGGCUGUCUACCAUACGCUAAUCAAGGCCUAGGUCCACUUCGCACAGGAUACUCAGAUAAUGGCCCCCUCGCCGUCGACGGCGUCGGUACCCCUUUCAACGUCGUCCACAACAUCCACCAUGGCCUUAUCAACGGCGCCUGCUACGACUGCGAGCUACUCAACCGGUGAUCAUAUCUACAAGGGUAAACAUACAAACAGAUCAUGGCAACAGCUCCCCCCAGAGCUCAUCAGACAUAUUGCGUCUUUGUACCUCAAGGAUGUCGCUACGCACCUAUACUGUCCGUUCACUUGGGAAGUUAGGGAGGUUUGGCCCUCAAGAAUGGUCUACGCAGCUUUAUGUCAGGCCAUAGAACUCGAGAAGUUGAUGAAUGUCACCCCUUCUUGGUGUACUGCUCUCAAAUCCCAUCUAUUUUGGAAUCAUGCAUGCGCACUCCUGGAUCCUCAUGACAUACUUCACCAAUAUGCAAUCGUACGCCCUCAAGCCCCCGCAGAUGGGGCUGCAGGGGCUGCAACUAUCGCGCCACAGCCUUACCGUUUACCCCCUCACACCCACUUUCGCACUAUGACCUACCAUUCCUGCAUCAUCUGCCGCGUCAAUUCACCUUGUUCGUCCGUUGGCCUCGGAGCCGCAAAGCGAACACAUGUUGUCCCAAGGUUGGGCGUGAUAUCCGUGUGUCGCGAGCAUCGCAAAACCGCAUUUUGUGGUGUAUGCCUACGUGAGGCUCCCGCCGCCGAGUGUGAUCCCCAGUUUGAUAUCAGAGUAACAUGCGUCUCAGCGAUGACGAAACCUGGCCUGGCGUUGAUGCAACGUGUAGGUCAUGUCGUUCGGAAGGUCUUUGGAACCGCAUCAAAUCAAGUGCUCGUGACCGCGAGGCGAUUGGUGGUCCACCACGUGUUCCACCCUGGAAAUACGCAUCGGCAGGAUUGGGAGACGCGUCAAACAGUCGAUGCGUUCAUCGAGCUGGGCGAAGGCUCAAUUACAGAGGUCCUAAACGUUGCCCGCGAAAAGCUGUGGCUACGAUCAUACACGAAAAUGCCGGAGUUGAUGGAGCAAGCUGUUGCUGCUACUCGUUGGGCUAGCGAAGGCAUGGGGACAGAUUUCUCGCAAAAUUCUUAUCAUCAUCGUGAACCGGAGAGUGUAGCAGCGCCGCAGCAAGAUCAUACACGCACUACAGAAGGAGGGGACUCGUAUAGCCCCGUCAACAGCCUGUCUCCACGUCGUUCGCGCUCACCGUCUCCGCGGUCAGCGUACUCCUCGGAUUAUGAGGGCUCGGAGGAUGAAGACGAUCCUGACUUGCUUUCUAUGACUGAAGAUGCUGGUGGUGUGCGCGACCUGGCCAUUGCUGAUUGGGCACGGACACGAAUUCUUGAUGGACACUGGUGUAGUCCUGCCGACCAGUGGUAUGGUUACGCUCGACCGACUGGUGGAGGUGUCAGGGAUCCUGGCGAGGAACCUGACUACGAGUCGGAAACUGACGACGAUGAGCCUCUUGAGAGUGGACAGUCUCGCCGCCGCAUCAGAGUUCCCGCUACACAUCCUUGUCCGUGGACACUCUCGAGGCCAUCGUCCCCAUCAUCUCUUCCCUCACCCACCGACGACUCGCAUCCACGCCUCUCGACUGUUCGUUCUCAAGCCCCACCGUCGUUCGGACUUUGUGAGCAGGCCUUCCGUGCCUUUUCAAAACAGUUGCGCCAGAUCCUAUUGCCUGGGAUGAACAAUAUUGUCCGCCGGCUCGUUAUUGAGUCUGCAAAUGGGAUAGGAGGCGCUUGGAUAGACCCUGCUGUGCGCGCAUCGAAGAUGAACCUUGAAGAUGUGCUUGCUGAGUUGCGCACGCCUGGAGUAUGGUUUGAUGGCGUUGACUGGGCGGCCGGCGGCUUGGACAUCGGCGGUAAGCGCGAGGACGAUUCCUUGAGUAGCACCAGUGCGUCGACGAGAAGCGAUGGAUCACAUACGACGAGCCCUGUUCUUUCUACGACAACGCUACACACCACGCCGUCGCCUCCACCGUCACAUCCUGAGGAGAAAGAGCAUGAGCCUGCAACGAUAACGCCAACAGUAAGGCCGAAACCGCCACAAGUCGUUAUCCCCAUUCCCGUGUCACCGGUGUUAGAAUCACCCAAGCUUUUACACCCUAUCCCUUAUGUACCGGUUACGCUGGCCCAUAUGGCACAGUACAGUCUCGAAGCGUUCAAACAGGUAUGGCGCGAGGCAUGUGCACCACUGUAUCACUGCCGAUGCUCUGUCUGCGAACGUGCUAUGAUCAAGGCAAAUGUUGCCGCCGGUAACCCUGUCACUGCUCAGGUGCGGCCUGCGCCCAAAAAUGAACCCCAAGCCCGGGUACCACAGCCUCAACCACAACAACCGCCAGAAUAUGAGAACCUUAGUGAAAUAGUUCUAGAAGAGGUACGUGUUCCAAGAACCAAGGUGGUGAAGGAGGAAGAGGAGGAGGAGCUAGAAGAAGAAGAAGAGCUGUAUGAGGACGAGGAAGAAGAGAGUGAAGAGGAGCAGUAUGAGCUCACGAACACACAUUCCCAGACGCACACUGUCACACCCCGGAAACGCUCUUCUGGGGACCUCGAGGCAGAGAACGCUGCUACUGGUGAUCCCAUCGAGGUCCCUCGUACCUCGACUCCGCCAAAGCGUCCCCGGACAGACUCGGAUCGUCCUUCUGUCGCGCCAAUCCCUACGCCUCGCCAACGAAAACGCUCGUCAGAAGAGCUGGACGUGGGCAAUGACUCUCCGUCCCGGGGUGACUCCCUACAAAAGCGACUGCGCGUUGAGGAGUCCUCGCCAGGCUCCCACUCAGCGCCUCGCACACUCAGCGUCUCACCUCCUGUGGUGGAUUGCGCAGAUGGGUAUAGCAGGAAGGGCUUUGUUGACGCUGGGGAUGGGGAUUUUAGCUGUCUGCGAACGGGUCUAGUCAAUGGUGGCGAGCUGGACGGGUUGUACGUGUUCGAGGAGCCGUAAGUUAAUUUAAAAAGUGGAAUUGUGUUCAGCAUUAGCAUGCUUUCAACUCUUGUAUUUUGCAUUCUGUACAACUAUACCAUAUCUCCUUGGUUUUUUCUACGGCGACGACGACCACAACUAACACUGUUUACAUAACUGAAUCGUUGGGGAUUUGGUGAUAAGGGCUAACAGCAAAACAAAAAUCCAUCGUGCCCGCUGGCUGGAUUGAACAACCGACCUCAUCAUUACGAGUGACGCGCUCU